AUGGCUGGUUUGGACCUGAGCUCUGCCAACUUCAUCUCCCACCAGCUCCACCUCCAGCGCCACCAGCCGGAGGCGGCGGCCGACGACGAGGACUCCGGCCGGAAACCGCAGCAGCACCAGUUCUCCGGCGAUAACGCCGACAACGCGAGCUCUGGCGAGCUGGUCGCCCGCCGCCCCCGGGGCCGGCCGCCGGGAUCCAAGAACAAGCCUAAGCCCCCCGUCAUCAUCACCCGGGAGAGCGCCAACACACUCCGGGCCCACAUCCUCGAGGUCGCCGGCGGCUGCGACGUCUUCGAGGCCGUCGCCACCUACGCCCGCCGCCGCCAGCGCGGGAUCUGCGUCCUCAGCGGCACCGGCACCGUCAACAACGUCACCCUCCGGCAGCCCUCUCCGGCGGGCGGCGUCGCCGCCCUCCACGGCCGUUUCGAGAUCCUCUCCCUGUCGGGUUCUUUCCUCCCGCCGCCGGCACCGCCUGGCGCCACCAGCCUCACCAUAUACCUCGCCGGCGGGCAGGGGCAGGUCGUCGGAGGCAGCGUAGUCGGGGCCCUAAUCGCCGCCGGCCCCGUCAUCAUCAUCGCCUCGUCGUUCACCAACGUGGCCUACGAGCGGCUGCCGCUUGAGGAGGAGGAGAUGGCGGCGGCGGCGCCGCAUCCGCCGGCGGCGAGCGGCGGAGGGAUGAACGGGGGGCAGUAUCCCGACCCGUCGUCAAUCGGACUGCCCUUCUUGAACCUGCCGAUGAACAACGGUAUGCCGAACGGCCAGCUCCCGCUGGACGGCGCGUGGGCCGGGAACGCCGGCGGCGGCCGGCCGGCGUAUUAG